CUCGGCUCAAAUUUUCGUAUUGCUUACCGUCUUCUGAAUCGUCUAACAUCACCGACGUUGUGGUCGUUUCCUAAGUUAUCGUGAAAAAAAAAAACGUUAAAAAACGUGAAAAACGUGAAAAAACGUGAAUGUGACACUGUCGUGGCCUAAGAGAAAACUGUAGUUGUCCGCGGAAUAAUUCACUUCUGUUUUGCGAAUAUGUUAGCGUAGGAAUCAAUGAGAUAUGUUUGUCACAAAACAGCUACGACAACACGUGUUCUUAUAGAGAAACAGUAAUGAUAACUCGGGCUUUUUUUUAACAAGUUUGGCUGUGCGGAGCAUUUGCUACUUUGAUAAAGUCAGAGGUAUCGUGCUUUGAUCAUCCCACAAAUUUUUGCUAAGAAUUUCUUUGUUUGUUGGCCAAGGAGAAAGCGAGAACUGACAGGCAAAACCAAAGUGUCGCCUUUCUGACGGGAGGAAACCAGCGGUUUCCCAGACAUAAGCGUAAUGAGCCGUUAAAUGGCAGGUUUUCGCCAACGAAAGCCAAGUGGAACAAGAUAUAAAGACGAAAGGUUCAAUAAUGUUUGGAGAUUGCUUUCCUUGUCUGGCUGCGACAAGUAUUGGAAGCAAUGUACGAGGUAGUGUUCACACAUUAGCCGAUAAAUCCAUGGCGUUGUGGGAUAAAGUUCGCAAGCGAUUGGGAAAUUCGGAGAACUCGGCUGGAUGCAGUUGUGGUCGAGAAUACCCAAAUAGUGAAAGUGUUUUUUACGAAGAUUACUUCACGAGAUUUUCCUUGCUCCUGUUGGAGCCUGGAGAGAUCUACUUCGAAGAUUUUAGUGUUUUUCAUUACCCAAGCCAAUUGUCUGAAGAGGAAGCAAUAAAAAGGAAACAAAGAGGAAGAUUAAAGAUUUGUUCGAAGUCUAUUCUUUUUGACCCUAUUGAUACAUCUUACCCAAUUUUAAAGUUUCCGCUCAGAGAGUGCAUUGCAAUAACUCAUUGGUCUGGAUCUCUCAUGUCAAGAAUUGACACCAAAGGAGAUGUUCUGGCAAUUGAGUCUAAGCAGGUCAUAGAAAUGAAGGAAGGAAACACAAUAGCUCCUUAUACAUUUAGAAGAGAAAAAGCCAAGUAUUUAUUUUCGUUCAAUUUUGUAGCUUUGAAUUUUGUAUUACCCCAGUUAGAACAGCUUCACAGAGCAACUACUCUUAUGCCAGCUGAUCAACAAGCUAUGAUCAAUUCAAUUGUACAAUCAAGACAAGCUAGAGUUAGUUUUAACACAAGUUGGUUAGAAGAUUUGCAUGAAAAAAUUGUUAUGGAAACAAUGGCCAAACGAAUCACCCCUCUUGUUUGCAAUCCAGGUCGCAUCAUGCUAACUUCUUCCAGAUUAUACUUUCAGCCAUUUAACAAUGCUGACCCGUGCCCAGUUGUAAAGUGCAAAUUGUCUAAAAUCUGCAGAGUUGUGAAAAGGAGAUAUCUUCUCAGACAUGUGGGGGUGGAGGUGUUUUCAGCUGAUGGCUCUCAUAUGUAUCUAAUAUUCAACUCUCCAACAGAGAGGGAUUUGUUUUUUGAAAAAAUUGUUCAGCAACCAGAAGUUGAAUUGGAAGACACAAGACAAGAGAACAUGACGUUAAGAUGGCAGAAUGGAGCGAUUUCAAAUUUUGAAUAUUUAAUGUACCUAAAUAGUUUAGCAGAUAGAAGUUUCAAUGAUCUCACACAGUAUCCAGUAUUCCCUUGGGUUAUAUCAGACUACAAGAGUGUAGAGCUUGAUUUCGAAAAUGGAGAAACAUUCCGGGAUUUAUCCAAACCAAUAGGAGCACUGAAUGAAACAAGAUUAGCUCAACUAAAGGAGCGAUGCAAAGAGAUGCCGGAUCCAAAGUUCCUGUAUGGAUCUCAUUACUCCACCCCUGGAUAUGUGUUGUACUAUCUUGUUAGAGUUGCCCCUGAAUUUAUGCUCUGCUUACAAGGAGGAAAAUUUGACCAGCCAGAUAGAUUAUUUAACAGUAUUGCUGAAACUUGGGAGAAUGUUUUGACAGGACAUGCGGAUGUCAAAGAGCUGAUUCCUGAAUUUUUCCAGUCAUCGGGCGAGUUUUUGUUAAACAGUCAAAGUUUGCCAUUGGGCUGCAAACAGGACAAGACAAAAGUCAUGGAUGUUGAGCUCCCAGCCUGGGCCAAAGAUCCAGGGGACUUUAUUCGGAAGAAUCGAGAGGCUCUUGAAUGCCCGUAUGUCUCAGAAAGACUUCACAAUUGGAUCGACUUAAUAUUUGGAUACAAACAAAGAGGACAUGAUGCGUGGCAAGCAGACAAUGUGUUUUACUAUUUGACUUACGAGGGAGCCGUUGACCUAGAAAAGAUUGAGGAUCCAAAUGAGCGGGCAUCUUUAGAAGCUCAGAUCCUGGAGUUUGGACAGACUCCCAAACAGCUGUUUACAAGUCCUCAUCCACAGAAACUGGUGACUGGAGUUAGUCCUUCUCCCAGUACGGACCCGACACCCAUCAGUAGUAGUAUACUGAAUGGAGAGAAUCCCAGCGAACCAGCUGCUAAAAGUCCUGCCACUUUGCCAGUUAUCAAAGUCAAUGUUGACUUUGAUGAAAUGUUCAGCAAUAAUCAUUCACAGUGGACUAACAUGGAGAAGCUUCAGCAGGCGACGUGCCACAAACUGCACAAAGAGGAGUCUUCAUCUUGUUCUGUGAAUGUCAAUAUAACCAACAGUCAACUCACGCAACACAGAAGCACGGUGACAUCAGUGAGACUAUCAAAGGACUGUAAGAAUGUCUUUUCCGUUUCUCAAGAUACACAACUGAAGAUGUACUCAUUAGAAACCAAGCAGCAAGUUCGUGGAAUCAAUUUAUCGUCAAUGGCGCUUUCGUCAUGUGCCAUUAUGCCGGACUCAAAAACCAUCAUAGUUGGAUCUUGGGAUAACAAAAUCUACAUUUACUCUGUUGAGUAUGGAAGAGUUGUUGAUACCAAGGCUGGACAUGAUGAUGCAAUUUCAUGUCUUUGCUGGAAUGACGGUAUCUUAGUCACAGCUUCAUGGGAUUCUACAGUCAAAGUGUGGAAGUUCUUUCCAGAACCGGAUGGCAAGAAACCCUCGCCGCCUGAAAUUUUGGCUGAGCUGGAACAUGACACUGAGGUGAACUCUGUAGAUCUUGAUCCUACAAACACUCUUGUAGUGACAGGCACUAUGGACGGAACUGUAAUGCUUUGGAACAUUGAUCAACAAGCGGCCAUCAGUCAUCACCCAAUUCAUAAAGAGACGGUACAUUCAGUUCUUUUUAGCCCAGACGGACAGCGGAUUCUUUCGUGCGGCGCUGACCACUUCAUGAGAGUAGUGGACGUCCAUACAGGAACAGAGGUGUAUUCCAAAGAUGUGGGCGAGGAAAUUAGAUGCGCCGUGUGGGACGGUCAGAUGGUACUCGCCGGUGGAGAGUCCGGCUACCUCCAAAUCUGGGAUCUGAUAAAUGUGCAGGAAGUCAGCAGAAUCACUGCUCAUGAGGGAGCCAUUCGAUGCAUUGAUGUAUCAAGUGAUGGCUGUACUGUAGUCACCGGUGGAGAAGACGGUCAAGUUAUAAUGUGGAAACUUCACGUUUGAUUGAGAUAAUCCGUCGCCCGUCAUACUGCCAGCCGACAAUAUUUCAUUUCCCAAAAUGGUAUAAGCAGUGACUCGUGUUCCCCUUCCCAUCAUCCUUUCUUCUUAGCCGCAUCCCCGAAUCGAAAAUAUGAAAAAGACUGGGGACGAGUUUUACUCCUGGAACAAUUAAAGUUAAAAAGAGAAUCUGGAUAGCACCUUCCAACAGAGUCAUGCAUGAGUUAUCAAGAAUCCAGGCUGGUUAAUUAGAAAUUAAGUUGCUAUCCGACUGAAGAAUUUUGAGAUCGGCGGACAAAUUAUUAUUUUUUUUAAUAAUUGGUGGAUCAUUUUGACCGGCGCAGCCGAAAAUUGUUCGCAAAAGCUCAUAAUGAAGUAUAUAUCAUUCAGAGGUGGUUUGAGAGACCAGAUUAGUGUUGUAAGAGACCGUGAUUCGGUUUACAAAUGCCACUAGAGAGAUUUUCGGUCAAAUAUUUUGCCCUGUAAAAUAUACUGGAGACAUUUUAAAGAGAAACAUAACAUAAUGUCAGGCAGAACUGCCUCACGACUUAAAUUGUAAAUGUGGUAAAUGAUAUUAACUUUAACCAUUUUUUGCAUGCAAUGACUACAUUCCUCAGGGAAACAACAUUUUAGAUGAAAAAAAAUAAUUUGAUAAUAUUUAUUUGGGAAGUUAUGCUCUCACGACGAAUUCAUAGAAUUAAUGGAUAAUCCACUUGAUCUUUCUCUCGAUAUAUGGUGGUACUGGGGUUUUGUGCUCCAUUUCCCCCUUCCCCCUUUAUCCCCUACCCCCUCUUGUCUUUCCCCCCACUCUGCCCACCACCAAAUCCCCUUACUUCAGGAUGUUGGUUUGUCACUGAGUUGACUGAGCCAGUAACAUAGGGGGCUGCUAGUUUUUUGGGCUAUUCAUUAUGUGUAAUUUGUAAUUAAAAAAAGUUAAACUCGGCAAUUGAAGUCGUGGUUCUUCUGUCACACUCCACGCUUUUCUUGAACUCUUCGUUUUAAAUGUAUUUCAGACGAAUUGAACUCGGUGUAAUUCAGUUGAGUGAUCUAGAGUGCAUGUGCAUUUCGAAUUCGCCUGGGUAAGUAGGCUCUUGUAGAUUGUGCUAGCAUAAUUUGGAAAAAUGAACAAUUUUUGCUCUUUUUAAAAAAAGUAGCACUGUUAGCAUAAUCAGCCUAAUUUUAGGCUUUUGAAGGUAGCUUUAUUAGAGUUAUGACUUGUUUGGUCUCCGAGAUUGAUUAUUUUCAAGUUCGGCCCAUGUUUCAGACCAUUUUCAAUUUUGUAAUGUCUUGUGGGAAGUAGGUUGCCACAUUGUACUGAAUCGUUCGUCGUGUAGAAGACUGGGCACACUGGAAGUAAAGAUUGCGUCGAUCCCAGUUCUCUUUCCAGGCAACCAAAAUGGCGAAGUGAUGGCAGCAUGUUACAUAUCAUGACAUAUUAAGUUGCCGCCACUUGUCUGAAAUUAAGUGCAGUGGUUGAUAGAGUGUUAUUAGAGCAGGUAUACAAACAAAAAUAAAAAGGA